AUGGAUGUUCUGCUUCAUACCUCUCGAGACUCGACGCCAUCUGCCUGGCAAGGCAAGCAAUCCAGACAGCGCAGCGAGGGAAGCCGUGGUCAAAGCUCUGUGGGGCACACGAGAACCUCCGGCAGACAAGCAUUUGAACUGCCCGAUAAUAGCAUAGGCGAUCGUCUGGAAAAACUGAAGAAAAUCUUUGAGACCGCAGACGACGACGGCCAAAAUGGCCUGAGUAUGGACGAAUUUCACACGGCGAUGAGCUCCACUAUUGGACAGAGGUUAAGUCGGCGUGACCUAGAGCUACUGUUCAUGAAGGUGGACGCUAACUGUGAUGGAUCUGUCGACUGGGAGGAAUUCGUCACCUAUAUUCUGUUGGAAUUCCAAGAGAAGAGUUUGAUGUUAAGAAUGCUGAAAGAGACACCUUUUCCAAAUGAACGCCGUGAGAUUUUCAGCCGACACAGGGACACAAUUUUGAGUGUAAUUUUUUUCUCUUCUUCGAAGGCUGUAGAUUACACUUCGGGGCGUUAUGUGACUCUGGCGAAAGACGGAACAGUGAGUUUCUGGUCACUCGAGUUAAAGCUGCAGCAUAGCUAUCGUGUGGGUCAGAAUCGAGAGAGGUUAACACCGGUUUGGAUGACCAAUAUGGUGAGCUUACCUAGCUCCAGCAUGAUUGCCAUAGCCUCCACAGAUCGGGACAUUAUGUUUUAUGAUCUGGGUGCUAAAAAGUUUUUUAGGAAAUACCUAAUUAAGGGUCUUGAACAUUGUGUGAAUUGUAUGGAUUAUUGGGUGGAUGUGGCGAAUCCCAGACAGGCUGUCCUAGCCUGGGGUGACAUGGCAGGGAACGUUUAUGCAGUCACAUUCCAAAACGUUUCCUCUGGUUGCUUGUUUGGGACAUCCCGGACCAAACAGCAGUUGGAGUGUAAGAAUGUAACCUUAUCAGAACUGCAGCGAGGCCUAGUACCCGGGGUUAAGCUUCACCGGCAGCUUAAUAUUCAUGAGGGGUGGGUAAGUCAUGUUCGUUACAUCCCCGAACUGGCAUCUUGUGUUUCGUCCUGUGCUUCAGAAGGGACUGCCAUGUACGUCAGCGACUUCGAAAACAAAAAGUGUGCAUAUUUCAAAAUUCGUAAAGGCCUUCUUUGCUUCGACUACUGUCCGAAGAACAACAUCAUUGUAACCGGCGGUAUGGAUUAUUACAUUAGGGUUUGGAACCCUCACGUUAAUGCUAAAGCGAUAUUCGUUCUGAAAACCCACAGCCAGCCGAUCACACACAUAUUGGUAAAUCACGUCAGGGAUCACUGUAUUAGCUUGGACAGGAGUAAAACGGCCUGCAUUCACGAUCUGGCAGACCAACAACUAUUACAGAAGAUAAGCGGGCGGGCUAUGAACAUGGGCACCGUUCCGGUCACGGCGGUGUUCUUCAAUCCUAAACUGCAGUCUCUGAUUCUAGCAACGGAUCACUUGGCCGUCUUGGAGAAGAAGGAAGAAGAGGAGAGAUUCAGUGAUGUUCUUAGUCACAACAAGCCAGUUUGUGCAGCCUUGUUCAACCCGGCAUUCCAACAGGUUGUCACGGCCUGUGAAGGCUCCGUGGUUAGCGUUUGGGAUAUAAACACAGGUAAGAAAGGUAUGCAGUUUCUUAAUGCCCACAAGCGAUAUCACAACGGCGUAGAAUUACCGGUAGAGAUCACGGCCAUGUCAUUUGACGCGGGAGGUAGGCGUCUGAUUACCGGGGCUAAAAAUGGCACAGUGAAGAUGUGGAACUACAACAACGGCUGUUGUAUCGUGGAUUUUAAAGUUCCUGAUGGUAAAGAGAUCACAGCGGUUUUUCACACGUCUCAUCGGAUCUAUGUGACCGGCUGGAACCGUCAGGUAGGAGUGUUCAUAGAAAGUGGGACGAAUAAUGACUACAAACCAUGGCGGUGUGUACACAGAAACGAUGUUUUAACCAUGGCUUUUCUUAGUCCAAACAUUCUGGCCACAGGUUCUUAUGACGGCGACAUUGUCGUCUGGUCUCGAGAAACAGGCCAACUUUACUGUAGACUGAAUGCCAACGAAAGCCAUAAACCUUUGACCGAUAUCGACUUAUUUAAGAAGGAAAGUUUAAUAUCACUAGAAUCAGACGGUACAGCCUCCAGCAGCUCUUCGGUAGAAGAUAAUUCUGCCCCAACGGGAAUUAUGGGAAAGAAAUUGUUGCGAGCGAAAAAGAAACCAGCUCGAGUCAAAUCAGCAUCUGCAUCCAGAUAUAACCCUGCGGACGUUUUGAGAAAUAAGUUUAGUCAUCCACUUUUGCCCGCACUGAACGUGAAUUGUGGAAAACUGGUGGUUACAGACGGUGAUGAAAGUCGGAUCCCUCUUCAGACACGCAAAGGCUAUGAUAACAUAUGCAAGUAUUACGAAGCUGCAGUUGAAUGCAUUAUUUUUCUUGAAAACCGUGAGAAUCACAGACACACAGCUACAGUGGUUGCGAGUGGCGCUGAAGGCUGGGUGCGUUUUUGGUCCACCCACCACAAGGGAGGUCUCCUUGGGCAGUUCCGGGCUAGUCAGAGGAAAGGGGAGAGCGUGAGGGCCCUGGCUACGGACAAAGACAACCAGCUGUUGAUGACUGGCGACACAGCAGGCUAUCUCAAGAUCUGGGACAUCUCUGACUUCUGCAUCAACAAUGACAGCAGCAGCCAGACGGAGGUCUCUGACAACCCCAGCCUGUCUUACAUUGAGGGCCUGACCUCCAUGCGCUGGAACAGGCCACCCCCGGAGAGUAGUUGCCCCCUCACUACUCUCAAAGAGCCUCCCCUGCGUAUCUCGUUCCAGGCACAUACCAAAGCCAUCCGCCACCUGGAGUGCGUCAACGAGCGCAAUAUGAUCAUCACAUCAAGCGACGACUGUUCCGUUCGACUUUGGACGUUCUGUGGACGUUACAUUGGUACGUUUGGAGAACCCUGGCCGGAAUUGCCCGGACGUAUAGAUCCCAAAUCACUGCCUCCCAAGAUUCCUGGCGAACUGCGCCGCGUAGCCUCCGCCACCACUCUUAAAGUACUUAACGGGGGUAAACUGCCGCACUGGCGACUUGCCCUGAAUAUUAUCCGAUUCCGCGGGGUGGAACAAAUAAAGCAGCAGUUUACCCAUCUCACAGACCCAGAGGAGCAAAAGCCGGAGCUGAACAAACAUGGAACAGAAGCUCGCCUUGGGAAGAGUACGAUUCUCGGACAAUCCUACAAGAGAACAACACGGCACCGGAUGGAACCAGUGUUACCUGAGCUGCGGGAAGUGUAUUCAAAUAUCGGUGUUUAUCACACGUUGCAUUUCUCUAACAUGACCCCACUGGAGUUCGACACCAUGCUCAAAGGACUUUCCAAAGCUCAAGAGGCUCGUCUUGGAGCAUCGGGCAAACAACUGAGCCAGUUAACGUGCAGGCAUAUCGCGGAGAGGACGAAAAAUCUGCCCAAGCUAUUUCAGCAGUACGAGUCCGUGAAGAGCCGUAGUAUGCCAGGUGGAGAGCUAGCCCCGUCGGGCCGAAUCAGGGAAUCUCUGAGGAAAACCAAAACGGCGUUAGAGGAACAGGAACAACAGAAAUAUGGACUAAAAGACGUCAAAUCCGCAGAGAAUAAUGUUCUAGCUCUUCGAACAAUAACGGAAUAAUCAAUGUAUAUGUAAUUUGUGUGCGUUAUCGUUUAACUUUUACCAGCAUGAUUUGUGAAAACGGGUUUUCAACCAGGAUAUAUCCGUGUAACAGGGAAGUGACUGAAGCGAACAUUUAGUUUAAUUCCGUCUUUAUCGUAUCAUAUGCUUCCUGCUGUCGCUACAGUUUUUGUUCAGCGGUGAUAAAGUUUUUGUACCCGGUUCUCAGUAUUACUUCAUACAC